AUGAAUGAGACUUGCUCCAGAAUUAAUGAUAUCCUUGAAUCCUACUACCUCACAACCAUGUACAGCAUCGAAUUCCUUUUAGGAUUGGUAGGGAACAUCAUUGUUAUAAGUGGUUACAUAUUCUGCCUGAAGAACUGGAAGUGCAGUAACAUCUACCUCUUCAAUUUGUCCAUCUCAGAUCUGAUCUUCAUCUGUACUCUCCCGAUGUUUGUGGUCUAUUACGCCAAGGGCAAACAUUGGGUGUUUGGUGAUUUUCUCUGCAAGAUGAAUAGGUACAUCCUUUACACCAAUAUGUACCUGAGCAUGCUGUUCCUAGCUUGUAUUAGUAUUGACCGUUACCUGUUGGUCAGCAACCCAUUGAGAGUGCAUGUGUUUCAAAGGAAGAGGGUCGCCAUCUUCAUCUGUAUCGCCCUAUGGAUCUUUGUCACCUUGGAGGUCAUCCCCGUCUUGACCUUCAUCGGUUCUGACAAUGUCACGAGUCAUGAUAACAGCACCAUCAUCAAGUGUGUGGACUACGCAAGCGCUGGUAACCCAGUCCACAAUCUAAUUUACAAUGUGUGCCUCACCACCUUUGGCUUUGUGCUUCCAAUGAGUGUCAUGGGGGUUUUCUGUGUGAAGACAGCUCGCAAGCUAAAGGAAUUAAAUAGAGAAAGAAUCAGUAGUGUUCCUCUCGAAAAGCCGCUCACGCUGGUCAUAUUGGCCAUUGUUAUUUUCUCGAUAUUAUUUACCCCUUAUCACAUCAUGAGAAACGCUCGCAUGGUGUCGAGAUUAGAAAAUAUCAACAUUUCAGAGGGUGCUUUUGAGUGCAUAAAAGCAGCUUAUGCACUUUCAAGACCUGUGGCUUUUCUCAGUAUCAUCACCAAUCCCAUUUUCUACUUUUUUUCUGGGGACAAAUUCAGGGAAACAAUCGCAAACAGCUUGAAAUGCCAUUGA